AUGGAAAAUAAUUAAGAAGAAGAAUCUUCAAAAGUUCUUGAAAAAUAUCUUUGGAAGGCCUGGAGAGGAAACAACAGAUUCUAUUUCAAUGGUAAGUUUGUAACUGGUCCAAAAUCUGAAGAGAUUGCUGUCUGGUUUGCCCAUGCUAUGCUGAUAAUUGUGCUUAUUUCAUGGAUUGUAUUUUUCAUGCCUUUUCUCAAUAUCAUUGAAGCUUACAAGAUAUCAGUAAUUGUUAUUUGCUAAACUCUUUUGACUCACGGACUACUAUUGGUCUGCUAAUAUUCAGAUCCUGGAAUUGUACAAAAAGAAGCUGAAAUUUGUCUAAAUCCAAAUGAUCCUAACUACAAUGAUGUAAUUUUUCAAUUCAAACUUUAUCUAAAUCCUAGGCCAAGAUAUUGUGAAACUUGCAAUAUAAUGAGACCCCCAAAAGCUUCUCACUGCAGUACUUGUGAUAAUUGUGUUGUAGCAUUUGAUCAGUAAGUCAUAUAGAUAUUGAAGACUUCUUCUAGCCAUUGUACCUUUAUAAACAACUGUGUUGGAUUGAGAAACAUGAGAGUAUUCGUAUUUUUCAUUUACUCAUCUUUCUUUUUGGCGUUAGAGAUACUUCUUACCUCUUUGUAUUUUUAUGUCAAGGCAAUGGAAUUGGGAUAUUUUGAAGACUUACAGGGGAGAUUUAAAGGCUUUUUCUUUAUUAUGAUUAUGGCAACACCAUUUCUAUAUACCUUUUCGAGAGAUGAUAACCUAUGGUCAAACAAAAUCAUAUCAGGUGUAUUGUCAGCAUUUAUUGUAUUUGGUGCUUUUAUAUAUUUGCUGAGGUUUGAUUAUGGACUGAGAGUAUCUCCUAUUGUUGGAUUUUUUGGAUACCUGGGACUUCUCUUUGUUAUAAUGUAAAGCUAAAUUUCCUUGAAGUUCUUAUUAUGA